CAUGGAGGGCACAGAUAGUUAUAAUUAUGAUGAAAUGGAUUUAGAUGAAUUAAUGUUACCUCCUCCUGCAUUGAUUCGAUAAAAUGCCUUCAUUCAAGAAGAAGAUGAGACUCCAUAAUUCAUACUUACAACUUAAACUGAAUGUACUUAUAAGGAGGAGGAAUGUCCCAUCUGUUUUUGCCCUCUUAAUGAGGAAAAUACUGUAAAAUUAUUGUGCGGACAUGUUCUAUGUUAAGAUGAUUUAAAUCAAAUGAUGUAAUCUUAGCAUUCAGAAACCCUAAAAUGCCAUAUCUGUAGAACUCUUUAGAUUGUAAAUUUAUCUUGUGUAUGUGUUAAAUGAUAUUGUUGGUACUCUUUUAAAAAUAUAUUUUCAAAUAAAAAUUAGAAAAAUUCAUCCAAAAGAUAUUUUAGAUCUCUAUUUAAAAUUUCCUUAUUAUCCAUUUAUAUUGAAAAUCAUAAAGAAUCUAAAGAAUGUCUCAAUACAAUCCAAUUUUAUCAGAGAGAUUAUUUAAAAAAUGGCAUUUUGUUAACUUUCUCAUUUCCAAUAUAGUCGUUAUAAUAUAUAUUUAUAAAUAUCAGUCCAAAAUAAAAUUAUUUCUGAACUAUUUUAAAAUUAGGGCUUUGGAUUAGAAACUUAUUCUAAAUAACAUAAAAAUACGUAAUACAAAUUUAAUUAUCUUUCUGAGUUAAUGAUUAAUCUAUUUUAAAAAAAAGAAAACCCAUUAAAACCUUAAUGA